AUGGAUCUUCUUCCGCCGCUUGACGCGGAACUCAAUUGGUCUGGGCGAGGCCAACACGCGGAGUUCAAAAGACUGGAGCGGAUUCCUCUCCAUGUGGAGAAGGCCCUGGGGCAUGGGGGCUCGGCUCUUGUGGAGAGCGUACUUUGCAGACGAAUACGAUUGGCUCGUAAAAGAGUCAGGUGCAACUGGCGGCUGAAGAGGGAGGAUGCCAUCAAAGAAGUUGCUCAUUUGCACCGCGCUCAACACGCACACAUUGUACGAAUCGUCGGGACCUACAUUGUGGAGAAGAGCAAAGACCUCUUCAUACUAAUGUACCCUGCCGCCGAGUACCACCUGAAUGACUUCAUAGACGGAGAACUCGACCCUGUCUUUCCGAUGACCCUUGUCUCUUUCAUCCCGUGCUUAGCCAGCACCUUGGAAUUCCUCCAUGAGAAGCACCACAUCAAGCACAUGGACAUCAAACCAGAGAACAUACUUGUUCGAGACAUCAGGAACACCACGGUACAGAGCCGAAACCGUCCGUACAAAGUAUAUCUUGCCGACUUCGGAAUAUCACGCUCAUACGCAUCUCUUGAGGAAUCCGAAACCAACUCAGCCACCAGCUUCACUCCUCUCUACGCGGCACCAGAAGUAGCCAGUCAGGACACUCGCGGCUUCAAGGCCGAUGUCUCCGCACUUGGGUGCGUAUUUGCGGAAAUGGUGGCCGCCGUGUAUUCCCUCCGAGACGAGCUUGCAGACAUCAGGGAGAAGAGCGGACGUCACGCGUUCCACGCCAACAUUUCCGCCGUUCAGCAGUUUCUACACAUUUCUUUUCACGACGCUGGACUCUUUUUCCAUGAGCGAACUUUCCUGUACAUUCGCAGGAUGAUCAGUGGUCAACCCGAUGACAGACCGAGCGCCGCGGAUGUAAAAGACUUUCUGGCCCGCGAUGGGCUCGUUUGCAAGGACGAAUCUCCCGACGCUUUCGAGGUAGCACAGCCGCUGUCUGAAUACUGA